AUGGUCGUGGCCCCAUUGUUGCGCCUCCCUCAGCCGGGGCUGCGGUGUAUGGGUUCGACGGUCUAUAAGAGCCAGGCCAGCCCCGUGAAGAGCCGCAUCUACUCCCAAAUUUCUCGUCUCGCGAGUCAAAUAGCUCCAUGCUUCUCGACUUCAGUUUCCAGAUGGCAGAGCGAGACUCUGGACCGAACACGAAACAUCGGAAUCAUUGCCCAUAUCGAUGCUGGCAAGACCACCACGACGGAGCGCAUGCUCUUCUACAGCGGCUUCACCCGGCGCAUUGGUGAUGUGGACGAGGGUUCUACGGUCACUGAUUUCUUGCCCGCUGAACGCGCACGUGGGAUUACCAUUCAAUCAGCUGCUAUCACGUUCCACUGGCCUCCUGGAGACGGAGCAGAAAGUCAAGCCUCUACACUGAAUCCCUCUCUGCCCAAGUCGUCGGUGUCACAUACGAUCAAUUUAAUUGACACACCGGGGCAUGCUGACUUCACAUUCGAGGUCUUACGGUCUUUGCGCAUUCUUGACGGUGCUGUCUGCAUCUUGGACGGUGUGGCUGGCGUUGAGGCGCAGACGGAGCAGGUCUGGAAGCAAGCUAGCACCUAUAAGAUCCCGCGAGUGAUUUAUGUGAACAAGCUGGACCGUGACGGUGCCGCUUUUGGCCGGACAGUCCGAGAGGUCAGCUCUCGUUUAGCUGUCUACCCAGCAGUCUGCCAGAUCCCUUGGUUUGAAGGCGGCAAUGGUGCUUUCGUCGGCGUGGCAGAUGCCAUCAAUCUUCGGGGACUGCGGUGGAAGGAGGGUGAAGACGGACGCGCUGUCAAGAUGAUGAAUCUCGAGAAACUUGAUGCUGAAGAGAGUUUCCUGGCACAGGAACUCCGCCGUGCGCGUAUUGCGUUAGUUGAGUUGCUGAGUGAACAAGAUGAAGCCAUUGUGGAGAAAUUCUUCGAAUGUGAUGAAGAUCAUCUGGCCGUGCCUCCUAUGGACAUUAUCGAUAGUCUUCGACGAUGCGUUCUUGACCAAUCAAGCCGUAUUGUGCCUCUCUUCGCUGGUGCAAGCUUCCGCAAUAUGGGUGUUCAGCCGUUGCUGGAUGCCGUGGUAAACUUGCUUCCCAGUCCACCCGAAGCUCCCGACCCAGAAGUGAGCAUCGGUGGUGUCAAGGGAGGAUUGAGGCGACUACUCUCCGGGGAUCUAAUUGUGGAGCAGAAUGAGAAGGCAUCUGCUCCGGUGAAGGGCAAGAAAAAGAAGAAGGCCGCACUCCAAGCGGACCCCAAGGACGCCAUUUCCAAGCUCCAAAGCUGUGCGCUUGCCUUCAAGGUCGUCAAUGACCCCAAGCGCGGUGUAUUGGUCUAUGUUCGAGUAUACUCGGGCUCGCUGGAUCGCAACAGCCUCCUCUUCAACACCAAUCUACACCUCUCCGAGCGAGCACCGCGACUGCUCAAGAUGUACGCCAAUGACGCCGUUGAAGUGGACUCUAUUCCAGCUGGUCACAUCGGCGUCGUUGUUGGGCUCAAGCAUGCUCGCACCGGUGAUACGCUCCUAUCAUAUGCUGGAAACAAGCCCACACCACCCGAACCGUUGACCAGUCUUCAACUGCGUCCAAUCGAUGUGCCUCCGCCAGUAUUCUUCACCAGCGUCGAGCCGCAUAGCCUCAGCGAGGAGAAGCGCAUGCAAGAAUCACUCGCGCUGCUCCUACGAGAGGACCCAAGUCUGCACGUCAGUGUGGAUGAAGAAUCCGGGCAGACACUCCUGAGUGGCAUGGGCGAACUACACCUCGAAAUCGCCCGCGAUAGACUCAUAAACGAUCACAAAGCCAAAGCAUCCAUGGGCCGCAUCGAAAUCGGCUAUCGCGAGUCCGGACUCGGCACCUCAAACGCCAUCACAAAGAUGUUCGACAAAGAAGUCGCCGGCCGCCGCGGCAUAGCCGGCUGCACUGCAAUCGUAGAACCCAUCGAUGAACAAGACCUCUCCGAAAUCACAGAUGAUGAUACCCUCCUCGCCGAGACUAUCGAGGGCAACCAAAUCAUCAUCCGCGCCCCGGGUCUCCAAGUCGACCGCUUUUCCCGAAACGACGAAGAAACAAGCCCAUUCCUCCCACCUGGUCUAGACCCGUCUUCUCUCCGCGCAGCUCUCCAAAACGGCGCGCUGGCAGCGCUCGCCCGCGGCCCUCAAUUCACUUUCCCAAUGCAUAAUACCCGGGUUACACUCACCGUCACUCCGGAAGAACAUCUCUUCGGCAACGAUACAACCACCUCGGCCUUAUCAGCCGCCGCCCGCCAGGCUACAUCCGCCGCUCUACGAGACCUUCUCACUGGCCCUGGAACGGUAAUGAUGGAACCAGUCAUGAACGUGAUUAUCAGCGUCGACGAAGCUAGUCUCGGCUCCGUCGUACACGACAUCUCCUCUUCACGCGGUGGCCAUAUCCUCUCUUUAGACGAGGAGGUGCCAUUAUCAGCAACAGACACUUCUGGAUCUCCGGCAGAAGAUAACCUACCCCCCAUUGACCCCAACCGCGUAUACGCUCCGCCGGAUCCAUUCGAGACGCCUUCCGUCAGUGCUGAAGUGCCAGUGUCCGCGUCGAGACCCCGGAGUAUAACUGCGAAGGUCCCGCUGAAGGAAAUGGUUGGGUAUCUGAAGCACCUGCGUAGUUUGACCGCUGGGCGUGGGACAUUUGUUAUGAGCGUGGAUCGGUUUGAGAAUAUGUCUGCGCAGCGACAGAAGGCUGUGCUGUCUGAGUUGAGGGGUGGAUUUUAA